CCGGGAAGGGAUGUUCCAAGCCAUAGCAGAGCUCCUAUAUAAAUGCCCCAGAGGAUGAUUACCAGACCAGAUUCUCAAAUCAGACCAUUAUAUUAGUAGAGAAGUACACAGACGACCAUUAAGAGGACCAUUUUAUAGUUGUACAUCCAUGACAAUGGGCAUCUUCAACAAAGUACCAUUGAAAUUUUUAGCUGCCAUUGUUCUUAUUUCUUCAGUGUUAAACUUAUGGAGAGGCACUGAAGGCUGGUCAUACCAUUCUUCAAAAACCACUAUGAACUGGGAAUCUGCCAGACGCUGGUGCAGGCAGUAUUACACCGACAUGGUAGCCAUCCAGAAUAAAAAAGAGAUUGACCACCUCAAUGAUGCUUUACCAAAAGUUCAUGGAUAUUACUGGAUUGGCAUUCGUAAAAUUAAUGGCUCUUGGACCUGGGUGGGAACUAAUAAGACACUUACAAAGGAAGCUGAAAACUGGGCAUAUAAAGAGCCCAAUAAUGGAGGGAAUAAUGAAGACUGUGUGGAAAUAUACAUUAAAAGGGAGAAAGAUGAAGGAAAAUGGAAUGAUGAGUCCUGCUUAAAGAAGAAGACUGCACUGUGCUACACAGCAUCCUGUAAAGACAACUACUGUGUCAGGGGUCAAGGAGAGUGUGUCGAAACCAUAAACAGCCAUUACUGCUCAUGCUUUGCGGGUUUCAAUGGAACGCGAUGUGAACACGUAAUAAAAUGCAAACCAGAGGACGUUACCCCACCAGAUCAUGCUAGCGUCAAGUGCACUCAUCCUUAUGGCAACUUCUCAUAUGACUCUAAGUGUGAAUAUUCAUGUGAAGAAGGUUAUGAACUAAAGGGUUCCAGUACAAGAAGUUGCACUUCUACCACAGAGUGGUCGGGAAUACCAUCAACCUGUGAAUUGGUUCAAUGUCCAGAGUUGAUCAAACCACAGAAAGGCCAUAUGCAGUGCCAGCAUCCCACGGGACAGUUCAGAUACCAAUCCACCUGUGUGUUUAUGUGUGAAGAAGGAUACACACUGCGAGACUGCAGCUCUUCAACACUGUCCUGUGGGGCAAAGGGAAGCUGGAAUGAUUCACAACCCACUUGUGAAAUAAUAAAAUGCAAACCAGAGGACGUUACCCCACCAGAUCAUGCUAGCGUCAAGUGCACUCAUCCUUAUGGCAACUUCUCAUAUGACUCUAAGUGUGAAUAUUCAUGUGAAGAAGGUUAUGAACUAAAGGGCUCCAGUACAAGAAGUUGCACUUCUACCACAGAGUGGUCGGGAAUACCAUCAACCUGUGAACUGGUUCAAUGUCCAGAGUUGAUCAAACCACAGAAAGGCCAUAUGCAGUGUCAGCAUCCCAUGGGCCAGUUCAGAUACCAAUCCACCUGUGUGUUUAUGUGUGAAGAAGGAUACACACUGCGAGACUCCAGCUCCUCAACACUGUCCUGUGGGGCAAAGGGAAGCUGGAAUGAUUCACAACCCACUUGUGAAAUAAUAAAAUGCAAACCAGAAGACGUUACCCCACCAGAUCAUGCUAGCGUCAAGUGCACUCAUCCUUAUGGAAACUUCUCAUAUAACUCUAAGUGUGAAUAUUCAUGUGAAGAAGGUUAUGAACUAAAGGGUUCCAGUACAAGAAGUUGCACUUCUACCACUAAAUGGUCAGGCAAACCACCAACCUGUGAACUUAUUCACUGCCCAGCCCUUGAAAGUCCUGUCAACGGAGAACUGAGCUGCACAUCCAGCUUUAAUUAUGGGAGCAAAUGCAGCUUCAGUUGUACUGAAGGAUUCAACCUCCAGGGAGCUUCAGAGAUCAGCUGUACAAAAGCAGCAAAAUGGGGUCAGGAACCACCUCACUGUGAAGCAGUGCUCUGCCCACAACUUUCUGAGCCAAUCAACGGGCAUAUGAACUGCUCAUCUGAAGAACCUACCUUUGGCACCUUUUGCUUGUUCAGUUGCCAGGAAGGGCACCAACUUGAAGACCACAGUAAGAAGAGAGUGAUAUGCAACCACAAUGGGAGCUGGUCAGGGGAAGUCGCAGUGUGUCAAGCUCAUCCUGAUCCCACUGCAUUGCUGCAAACAACAGAGGUGGCUCUUGGUGUUUCAGUUGCUACCUGCGCCUCUGGUCUAGGCGUACUCCUCUGGAUAUUGAAAAGACUGAGGAGAAAAGGUAAAAAUUUUGAACUGAACAGUACCAUGGAUUUUGACGAUCCUCCACAGUUUUAUAAGAACAGUGUUGACAGUCUCAUAUAGAACAAAAUAGCAUCAUAUAGCAUACAGCAUAUGUUCCUCAUGAAUAUAUACAGCCAGUAUGUGUAAUUAUAGCGAUGUAACUUAUUCCAGUGAACAAUUUAGUGAAAAACUUAUUCUUACAACUGCCUCACAGUACAUAAACAUGUCAUCAAAAAUGAUUUAAGGCACUUGUAUAUUUUCAUGCUCAGUCUUUCAGGCAUUAUCAGUUACUAGCCAGAAGUCCUGAAUGUGAUUUGUUUCUUCCCAACGGAAGCUUUUAUGAUUUACUUGACUGAACAUAUUGUUCUGUAUAAAUGUACUAGUUUUUAUGCUAUUAAUACAUAAUAAUAUCUUUUUCUACUAUUUAUUGUUCCAAAACUGUAUUGGUCCUAUUAAACUAUUUUUACAUGCCAUCCAUUAAAGUGUGUUUAUGAGACAA